AUGGGAUCCGGAAUUUUUCCUCUUCUUAACUUCAUCACCAAUCUAUUUCCGUCUACCCAGGUUUCAACUGAGCUCUCGGCAACUGCACCGAUCACGAAUAUGGUGAAGAACCUGACACAUCUCUCGUGUUCACCUUCUUCCACGCCUUGCGAUGUCAGGAAUGGUGGAGUGUCCUGUUGUCCCUUUGAAAAUGGUGUGUGUUGCGAGGAUGAUGAUCACUGCUGUCCGUCCGGCUACAUAUGCGACGUUACGUCCAAGUCCUGUCUUCUCUCUCCGCCACCAAAACCAGAAGCGCCCGCAGAUGAGACAAACAAUUGCCCUUUGGAAGAAUCUGGUUGCUUGGAAACAGACACCUGCUGUGUCAUGUUUGAUGGCACCAAAGGUUGUUGCCCAUACCAAGACGCUGAUUGCUGCGCAGAUGGGGUCCACUGUUGUCCUAAUGGAACCCGAUGCAACGCCGCGUCGGAUGGAUGCGAACCCGCUGGCGGUCCAUGGAUCAACCCCUUCUUGCCCGGUUACACGAAGAAUGGGUGGCAGAAGUAUGAGGGAAAGAGUGCGGAUGCUGGCGAUGCAGCAUUUGCCAAUUCAACUGCCCCCAAGGCUGUCUGUCCCGACAAAAACCGGUGUCCAGACACCGCGACGUGCUGCAAGACCAAGUCCGGCGAUUACGGGUGCUGUCCAUUUGAAAACGCUGUCUGUUGCAACGACCGCGAGCACUGCUGCCCCCACGGUUUCACCUGUGACGUGAAGCACCAGCGAUGCCGAAAACCUCGCGACGCCGUGGCGCACACCGCGCCGACGGUGUCCGCGGACGAUCGAGCGGUGUUCUGUGCCGACCAGGAGCACUGUUGUCCCGACGGCUACAGCUGCGACCCCCUGGGAUUCUGCGUGGACGCCCUCAACGACGCCCCCCCAGAAUUCCUCCCCUGGCGGUCCAAGGUGCCCGCGCAGCAGUUCCCCAUCCAGGGUGUGCGGUGUGACGACGGCGUUACAACCUGCCCGGACAACACCACGUGCUGCCAGAUGCCCGACUCGUCCUACGGCUGCUGUUUCAUUCCGAGGGCCGUGUGCUGCUCCGAUCACCUGCACUGUUGCCCGGAGCACCACCACUGCAACCCCGCCCAGUCCUUGUGCGUGCCCGAUGCGGGCGGAGAGCCGACGCCCUGGCUGUUGAAGGCUCCUGGAUGGCGCUCCGCGCCUCCUCCUCCUCCUCCUCAAGUCCGCGUCUGCGGAGGUCCAGGCGGGCGACUGGGGUGUCCUCUCACUUCAACCUGCUGCCCCAGCAACGGCGAUUUCGCUUGCUGUCCCUUCGAAAAUGGUGUCUGCUGUCCCAACCGAAGCCACUGUUGCCCCAGCGGAUACACCUGCGAGGCCGGCGGGAAGUGCUUGGCAACCGAGGAGGCCGGAAAGCUGAUCGACGCCCAAUCCCAGCCCUAG